AAGAGUUUUAAUGUGAAAUAUUUGCUCCAUGUCCACCGAACAUUCAACAUGAAACCCUUAAUUAUGCUUUCGAUUUUCGGUGUGAUAAUGGGAUUGAUUUUAGUUGAGGCGAAACCAGCAAACAACCAGCUAAAACCAAACAUUACGAGCAGCACUCAAGCACUGUCUGCCAAACCAAAGCCCAACUUGACCACCAAAGCAACCAGCACGAAAAAUGCGACUAAGCCGACCAGGAAAUCAGCAGCAAUUCAACCGUUGAAAUCUUUAAAGCCAGCCAAUAAACCUGCGGCCAAGGCUGUGGCGAAAACAGCCGUUAGGAAACCAGCCGUAAAGCCUGCAUCGCGCUCUGCCCCAAAAACAGCCGCAAAGCAGCAAGUUAAACCAGCCGCAAAGCAGCAAGUUAAACCAGCCGCAAAGCAGCAAGCAAAGCCAGCUGUAAAGCAGCCGGCAAAACUAGCCGUAAACGCACCUGUACAAAAAGCAGCAAGGUCGGGAGUUGUUAAGCCACUAUGGAAAUCGAAGAAUAAGUCAAACGGUCGGAAAAAACCUAACGUUGUAGCGGUCAUUGUUGAAUAUGACCUUCCUGACAAAAACUUUAGAAAAAAUGGCAGAAAAGGGAAACAUUCCCUGAUGUCAAAGAACAUGACAAAGAAAGCCUCGUCAACUGCAAACACAAUUCAGAAUAUUGGUUUGGAGCUGUCUGAGAAUAAAACUACCACUAAAGAACCAGCAAGCACAGUCUCCGAAUACAUCAGCGUUAACAAAAUGAUCAAUUUGGAAAUGACACCUGCUCCAAGCACCGAAAAAAAUCCCUUGGUCACCUCUUAUGAAAGCAACACGUCUACGUUAAACGUUGGCCCUUCCGCCGAAGAGUGGAAUCCGUGGUAUGUACCCCCUGAAGAGCUUAUCAAGACCACUACAAGAAGCGUGUUUGAUGCAUACAUGGACGUGGACCAAAUGAUCAGGGAUGCGGAAUACGAAUUUGAAACGACGCCACCGCCAAACGCGGAGAAAGAAGCUUUUGGAGGCUUGGUCAUUGGAGGCAUGGUUGGGGGAUUCUUGGGCGGAUUUGCCUCAAAUACCAUGGAAGUCUAUGAGGAAACAACUACCGAAUCAACGCCCCUACCACAAGCUACUGAACACUUGGACACUGAGGAACGUUUUACAGUUACUGAAGCUGAGGUGGAAACAACUACCAGCCAGGACCAAGAAAAAAGCGCUUUUGGAGGCUUAGAUAUUGGCAGCAUGAUUGGAGGAUUCUUGGGCGGUUUUAAAACCGAAAAUGAACAAGAAUAGAUCAUUAUUGAAUAUUUCGUAAUGAGGAAAGGAAAUGAUAAGGUGAUUUUAAAUAUUUGGAAAAAAUGAAUUUUAAAACACUUCCCCGGCGAUUAAAUUUGGUGGAAACAAUUAAAGCUUGUAUUUUGGACGCAUUUGUUUAAAAUAAAUGAAUAUUUGAAUUAUA